AGGAACCAGGCUAUUGCCCCGUUCGCCAUGUCCACGCUGAUGACACAGGUCUGGCUCGGAGCCAGAGGCGACACCAGACAUGAGAUGACCACGGUCCUAGACAUAAAGACGGGUGCCGGCAGCAGCUUUUUGACGUGCUACAAAAUUGCAAUCAGUGACUUCGCCGACGGUCCUGGUAACAUCACCAACGUCGUCUUUAAUCGGAUUUACAUCGAAAAACGGUUCAGCAUCAAUUCGGGAUUUAAGAAUGUGUUGCAAGAGUACUUUCAUGCUGUCGUGAAGAAGUUUUCGUGCACGGGGCAGGCGGCGAAUGAAAUAAACACCGGCGUAGCCAAGGCAACGGGAAACCGCAUCCAGAACCUUGCCUCAGAGAGUGCUAUGCGCUUCAAGUUGGUCCUGCUCAGUGCAGUUUACUUCAAGGGCCUGUGGCUAACCCCAUUUGAGAUGACCGUGAAGGGACCGUUUCUCACGGCCUCAGGAAACAAGCAGGUCGACAUGAUGAAGCUUUUUACCCGGGUGCCGUAUGCAAAGAUGUCUGAUUUUGAUGCGAUCUCCUUGCCGUACACGGACGAAAACUAUGUUAUGCUGAUCUUACGUCCACUGACGCGAAAUAUGGCUGCCGUUUCACGUCUGAAGCACUCCCUGGACAUCCUUGACGUCGCCGUUAUCAUGAGGCGUUUGCGUUCGUCGUCUGUUCAGAUAACCAUGCCUCGUUUCAAGAUAAGAGCAGGUGGCUUUCUAAACAGAACCAUGUCGCAGUUGGGAAUCCGCAAAGUCUUUACGCGCGAGGCAGACCUGAGUAACAUUGCGGAUAAGUUCCUUGCUGUCGGCCUCAUUAUCCACAAGGUGUUUAUUGAGGUGACAGAAAAAGGCACCGAAGCUGCAGGAGCGGGUGCCGUCACUGACGUGCUGCCUCGACCCGUUCAGUUUAUGGCAGAUCGUCCCUUCUUUGCCAUUGUCUGGAACAAAAAACACGACAUCAACUUGUUCUCUGCGUACGUGGCUUCACCAUAGACGCAUGGCUAUGAUUAUACACACUUUUUUAGACGAGGCAUGGUACUUACAUUUGUAUAGUGUGGAUCGUAUUAAACAUGCAAACCUGACGUCACACAUUCCGGAAUAAAUGAGUGGAAAGCUGGGACCCUUCUGUGUCCAAGUUUUUGUAUCAUUUAUAUUUAACCUUACCGAUACUUUUUUGGCAAAUCUAGGAAAGUGUUUGCUAUUCGCAAACAAUGUUCUAACCCACCGUUUGAGUUGAACACUUUUGUCCUCCUCUACAUCACUGUUGAAAGGAAUGUUAGCAUCUUCGUCUUUCGAUUUCUUGGGUUUUCAUUGGAGUGUAUGGGGACCUGUAAUGUGUGCGGGUUUCUGCACUAA